AUGGGGGGCAUGAGUUCGCUAUGCACAUUCCUGGCCGUCCUGACUACUGCGAUUGCGAUCGUGGCCGCUAGCGACGAGGCUGCGUUGCUCGCUUUCAAAGCGCAGGUCAGCGAUGGCGGCUCGCUGGCCUCCUGGAAUAGCAGCGCCAGCUUUUGCAGCUGGGAAGGUGUGACAUGCAGCCACCGCAGGCCAGCGCGGGUGGUGGCGCUGAGAUUGAACAACAAGGCGCUCGCCGGAGAACUCUCCCCAGCCAUCGGGAACCUCACGUUCCUGCGGACGCUCAACCUGAGCUUCAACUGGUUCCACGGGGAGAUACCAGCGAGCCUUGGCCGCCUCCGCCGCCUGCAUAGGCUCGACUUGGGCAACAACUCCUUCUCUGGCACAUUACCAGUGAACCUGAGCUCAUGUGUCAGCAUGGCCAUAAUGGGACUGCUAAACAACAAGCUUGGCGGGCGCAUCCCGGCUGAGAAGCUCACGUCCCUAGUAAGGAUGUCACUGAGUAACAACAGCUUCACAGGGCUCAUCCCUCCAUCACUGGCCAAUCUGUCCCAUUUGGAAGUCCUUGAUCUCUCACGCAACCAGCUCGUGGGCUCAAUCCCACCAGGGCUCGGAAGCAUCCACGGCAUGAAACAGUUCAGCAUCGCCAGAAACCUCAUCAGCGGUAUGAUUCCAACCUCUCUCUACAAUUGGUCCUCGCUAGAACUAUUUGAUGUAGGGACAAAUAUGUUGCACGGCAUUUUGGAUGAUUUCGGAAACAAUUUCCCCAAGUUGGAAUAUCUUGGCUUGUCUGGUAAUCACUUCACUGGAACAAUCCCGUCCUCAAUAUCCAACAUAUCUUCCCUCAUAUCAGUUGGCUUUGAUAGCAACAGAUUUAGUGGGUACUUUCCUCCCACAUUUGGGAAGCUGGGAGCACUUCAAUAUUUGAACUUGAAUAACAAUAAGCUUGAAGCGAAUGACAACAAGGGGUGGGAAUUCAUCACGUCUUUGGGAAACUGCAGCCAACUGCAGCUAUUGGGACUCGGCAUCAAUUCUUUUGAAGGACAACUACCAGGUUCAAUUGUGAACCUGUCAACGACUCUCCAAUACUUGUACUUAGGUGACAAUAGGAUCUCUGGGAGUAUUCCUGCAGAUAUAGGCAAUUUAGUUGGUCUGCAAACACUUGUGAUAGCAAACACUUCCAUGUCCGGAGUGAUUCCAAAGAGCAUUGGUAAGCUAGAGAACUUGAUCGAUCUAGCUUUGUACAACAAUAGCUUGUCUGGGCUCAUACCGCCAUCUCUAGGAAACCUUUCACAAUUGAAUAAGCUUUAUGCACGUAAUAGCAACUUGGAGGGACCAAUUCCGGCAAGCCUGGGGAAGUUGAAAAACCUCUUUGUACUUGAUCUAAAAAUGAAUUACCGUCUCAAUGGUUCAAUACCCAAAGAAAUUUUCAGAUUACCCAGCCUUUCUUGGUAUUUGGACUUGACAUACAAUUCCCUUUCCGGACCCCUUCCUAAUGAAGUUGGUAGCUUGGCAAACCUUAACCUACUAGUUCUAUCAGGAAACCAGUUGUCUGGCAAGAUACCCGACAGUAUACAGAACUGCAUGGUAUUGGAGCAACUAUUCUUAGACAACAAUUCCUUUGAGGGAAACAUACCUCAGUCACUGACAAAUAUAAAGGGGCUCAGUAUAUUGAACCUGACCAUGAAUAAGUUCUCUGGUAAUAUUCCUGAUGCCCUUGGCAAUAUUGGAAACCUGCAAGAGUUGUACGUAGCACACAACAACUUGUCAGGAUCAAUCCCAUUAGUUCUACAGAAUUUGUCAUCAUUGUCUGAAUUGGAUAUAUCCUACAAUAAUUUGCAAGGCGAGGUGCCAAAUGAAGGUGUUUUCAGAAACAUCACUCACUUAUCAGUUGUUGGGAAUGUCAAUUUGUGUGGUGGUACACCUCAACUUCAUUUGGCUCCGUGCCCCACAAGGGUCUUAAGCAAGAAGAGAAAAAAGAUGCCAAAGUCCCUUGUAAUUUCUCUAGCAGCAGUUGGAGCAAUCGUGUUCUCACUUUCAGUGAUUGUUCUUGUUUGGAGACUUUGUAAGAAGCUCAAAUCAAGCCCGAAGACAGUAGCAAAAGAUUCAAUUGUUGAUGGCCAUUACAGAAGAAUCCCCUAUCCUGCAUUACUGAAAGGAACUAACGAAUUUUCAGAAGCCAACUUGCUUGGGAGAGGAAGUUAUGGUGCGGUUUAUAAGUGUGUUUUGGACAACGAAGAAAGAACAUUGGCUGUCAAGGUGUUUAACCUUGGUCAAUCUAGGUAUUCGAAGAGUUUUGAGGCUGAAUGUGAGGCUAUGAGAAGGAUACGACAUCAUUGUCUCAUUAAGAUCGUUACUUCUUGUUCGAGCAUCAACCACCAAGGUCAAGAGUUCAAGGCAUUGGUUUUCGAAAAAAAAAUGCCCAAUGGUAACUUGGAUAGCUGGCUUCAUCAACCAUCUAAAGAUCCCACUACAAACAACACGCUCAGCCUUGCCCAGAGGUUUGAUAUUGCUAUCAAUAUUGUGGAUGCAGUAGAAUAUCUACACAACUACUGCCAACCGUUGGUGAUCCAUUGUGAUCUUAAGCCAAGCAACAUUCUUCUUGCUGAAGACAUGAGCGCCCGAGUUGGAGACUCUGGCAUAUCAAGAAUCCUUCAAGAAAAUACAAGUGAGGGGAUGCAAAGUUCAUAUGGCUCAACUGGAAUUAGAGGUUCCAUAGGCUAUGUUGCUCCAGAGUAUGGAGACGGCUCUGCGGUCUCUACAGCUGGUGAUAUUUAUAGCCUUGGCAUAUUGCUGCUUGAGAUGUUCACGGGAAGAAGCCCAACAGAAGGCACGUUCGGAGAUUCAUUGGGUCUGCAUAAGUUUAUCGAGGAUGCUCUUCCAGAUAGAACCUUGGAGAUAGCUGACCCUACAAUGUGGUUGCACAGCGGACAACACAAUAACACUACAAGUAUUAGAAUUCAGGAGUUAUUGGUUUCAGUCUUGAGCCUUGGCAUAUCCUGCUCAAAGCAACAUCCUCGUGACCGAGCACUGACAAGUGAUGCAACAGCGGAGAUGCAUGCAAUCAGAGAUGCAUACCUCAAGUUCAUAGGGGAGCAUGGAGCAGAACCAGAAGCCUCGACUCAAGAAAUUCAGAGCAGCAUUGCAUAA